GUGUUCCAUCCGACCACUCGCCGAAGUCUGAGUUUGGAUUCCCGCCGCUACCCGGAUGAAGAAAACACAGAGGCGGUGGCCAAUGGGAAGAGGUUUGGCAUGGCAACAAGGGGCUGGAGUGACAGGCUCCUCCCCUGAACUUGUUGGCGGGAGACUGGUCGAGGGAGUCGGGGUAGUGAGGUGAGAGUGUGCGGGUUUGAAGUGGUUUGGGGGUGGGGUGGACUGCGGGUAUGGGGAGAUGGUGGGUGACGUGAGCGAGCCCAUAGGGGUUCCCUGGGGGCAGAGACUGAGGCAGGGAGCCUGGGGCUGACGGUAGUUGGGGGUCCAGCAACAUCUGCAGGCCCCCUUGGACUAUUGGAGACUCUUGGAAGCAACUGGGAGUGGGGUGGGUGCUGGGUGCUGAAGGCAUGGAAGGUGUGGGUGCUCCUGGGAGAAGGGUCGUGUGGAAAACGAAUGUGGAAAAGGAAAUUAGAGUGGCUGGGGAAACGCAGCCAGGUGGUCGGGGUAUAAAUAAUAAUAAUAAAUUUUAUUUAUACCCCGCCCUCCCCAGCCAAGACCGGGUUCAGGGCGGCUAAUAAAAACAAGUUGAUUAAAAUACAAUUUGAAAAACAAGAUUAAAAUAGAACAUUAAAACAUUAGGAUGCAGCCUCUUCACAGGAGGAGGAAGGAAAAAGAAAGAGGGGGAGGGAAUCAAACUGAUUCUAAGCCAAAGGCCAGGCGGAACAACUCUGUCUUACAGGCCCUGUGGAAAGAAAUCAGAUCCCGCAUUAUUAUUAUUAUUAUCAUUAAACUAGAGCAGGAUGCAUUGAAAGAAGAGGGCAGCAGGUUAAUGUGGGGGUAGGGCAUAGGAUCCAGCUCCUAGGGCCUAAGGUCCUUUUGGCCCCCUCAAUGAAAUAGUUGAGGGGGCCACCCCCUCCCCCCAUUAAUGGGCAUUUCCUUUUAAAGGGUGUCUUGUGAUUGAUUAUGUGGGGCAAGGCUUACCUUGCUCCCCCCCCCCAAUAUUGUAUUCAAGCUGGCACCCCUGCGGUAGGGUAGGUGGGGUUGAUCACGGGGAGCGGGGAAGUGGUGUGCGGGUGACAACCUUAGGUGGCCUAUGGUUCUUAAGUGCUCUUGUCGGUGGUUGAUUCUGGUACUGUGUUUGCUCUUGAGAGCUUCCCUUCUGGAUCAAACCCAACGGUUCAUCAAUUGCUGCUGGGAAAUGGCUUUAAAAAGAAUUGUGUAAAAUUCAUGCAGUGCAGCUUUUGUUGUGUCUUCUACCUCUGAUAGCCUUGAAGGAGCAAAGCCAUAGGUGGUGAUGGCUGUUUCUGUCAACCCAGCCUGUGAAUUUCCCUGGGGGCAUCUGGCCAGUCAUUGGUGAAAUAAUGCUAAUCUUCAUGACCCAUUACUUUGAUUCAGUAUGACCAUCCUUAUAUGCUUUAAAGAGAACUCGGAUCCAAACUCACAAAAUAUAUAUUCUCCUGAAGUUUGCAUAUAUGUUUGCAGGUUGGGGUGGGUGGUUGUUUUUGAAAAAACAGCUGAUUGCAGGUGUCAUUUUCAGCAGAGGAUCAAUUUGGAAGAUGAAGAGUUGCUUAACUAUUUCUCUUCCUGUUGUUUAUCUGCUCAGAAUAGCCUCUACCUGGCAGGUGGGGAAACAUUUGAGGGCAAGAGUGGAUAAAUGACAGACAGGGGAAGUGUUAAACAGUCUCCCUUAGCUUGCUCAUUGCAACCUCUGAGGCUGCCUUUCAGUAAAACAAACAUAAUUUUGUUUUUAUUUAUGUCAUGAGUAAGGCCUUAAUUAUAAUCACUGGCCUUUGAACUUAGUCUUUCAGUGUGAAUGCUUGCAGUAGAAAGGAUUUACAUAUUCUUGCUGUGCAUCAUUAUAGGCAAAGUGUACAGAUUAUGGUUGUCACCAUAUCAGGGGAGUAGGUGAAAACUGGUGCCACAUUUGUGGGUGGGUGCAGUGGGUGGGUGUCAUGGCAGGGAAGCACAAUUCCAUGAGAGUACUGGACCCUUUAGCAAUGUAUAAUGUGAACAAUGGCUGCAAAGGGCGCCAUGGUGUAUUCCUAGUUAAGGUCAGCAAUAGCCAAUGAGUAAUAAUCCUCCAGGCAUUGUUGGACUACAGCUCCCAUCAUCCUUAAUCAAUGGUCAUGGUGACUAGGACUGAUGGGAGUCAUAGUCCAAGAAAAUCUGGAGGGCACCACAUGGGUUACCCCGGUUGACAGAUCCCUGUCUGCUUUCAUAGUGUAACCAGGAGUUGUGGAAGUCUUUGGGGAAGACUGUGACAUUUAUGAAGAACUGGUUUGGCUAUUGAUGUGGGACACUCUUCUCUCUCUUCUAGGAAUGCCAAUAUGGAAAGCAAACGGAAGGCUUCUGUGGGGGAGCCUACUCUUUCCCAGAGGAAGAAGUCACGAGGAGGUGAUUGGGAAGAGGAUGGUCCCUCACAGUUUGAAGAGGAACUGGCCUUUUUGGAUGAGGUAGAGGCUGAGAUGGCUCUGGAGGUGAAGGAAGCACAGUUGGUACCUGAUGUCAUCCCCUUUGGUGAGUUACAUGGGUUCCAGAUACGGAGCAGACUACCUAGGCAAAUGAGUCAGAAAGGUUGGGCAGCGGACUGACAAAGCAAAAUGUAUGUUUGUUGGUGGUAUGGGGAGCCUUUGGCCUUCCAGAUAUUGCUGAACAGGUUCCCAUCAGCCCCAGCAAGCAUGGCCAGUGUAGUUCAGCCAAACCUAGAAGGCCCAUGGUUUCCCACCUAGUUUACUGCUGUAAUUCAGCAUUCAAUGGCACAUAAAAAAAAGAAAUGCUAAAUGCUGAAUUACAGCAAUAAACCAGGUGUGGGAAACCAUGGGCCUUCUAGAUGUGGCACUGAGUAAUGUUGAGCACAUUGCAUAUUGUGUUUAAUUGAAACCACUGUGAGACUUUGCCUUUCCUUUUUUAUUUUUAUUUUUGGUGCUGCCCCAUCUCUCUUCUUCCUACUCUCUGCAACUAGCAGUUUGAACUUGGAAGGUACAAGAUCUUUAGCUGUUCCAAAUUUGUAGUUGGUCAAAAGAGAAUUGAUGGUCGUGAUUGAUGUGAGUUUCUUCUUCCUUCAGGUAAUCUCUUCUCAUCGGUGCAGAAUCCAAAAUGGCAGAGACCACCGCCUCCCAAAAUAAACCCCAAAGAGGAAGCUCUGUGUUUCCAGCAAGUGGAACUAGAUUAUUAUGUGGGUGAGUACAUAAGCGAAUAAAAUGCUGACGAAAAGGUAUUGAAGGUGCUGCAGAAUGGAUUCCAUUCCUUCUGGGAAGGGGUUUGCCGAACUAGGUAUUCCCUUUGCCUUACUGAACAAUAACUCUCUGGUACAGAAAGGGAAGUCUGAAGCUGUUAUACUUCCUGGGGCUUUUGAUAGCUACAAUAGCCCCAUAAUAUUCUUAGCCCUGUUUGCCGGACAGAGUGGAUAAAGUCUGGAAUUCCCCAGAGAAAUUGUAGUCCCAUUUUUCUGAUUGUUGGGAUGAGGAAAGGUAUCAUGGCAAGCUUGUAGGAAGGUAUAUUUGGAAAUCUGUGUGCAAAGUAUUGUGAAGUCUUUCAUUUCGAAAGAAAAUAAAUGUUAAGUUGCUAGCCCUUAAGGUUAUGGAAUGGAAAAUGUACCAAAAUAAUGUGGGCUGAUUCUGCUAAAAUAUAUAUUAAAAAGUUAGAGGUGGUCUAAAAGAGCAUUUUUUCAGUUCAUAUCAUACAUGGUUCACUAGCGAUGUUUUUUUAGUGGAAAGACAAUUGUAAUUUAAAUAGUUAAAUACUAAUCGUACAUUAUCAACAUUCAGCAACUGAUCCAGCCUCUCUCUCUUCUUGAGGCAGGCGCUCACCUCCCUGGCUUCCCAGGAUCCACUCAGGGUCCAGUUCCUGUCCUGCGGAUGUUUGGAGUCACUGGAGCCGGCAACAGUAUCUGCUGCCACAUCCAUGGCUUUGCCCCCUAUUUCUAUGUGCCCGCCCAGGCUGGUGAGUGUUUACAGAGGGAGGGGUUCUCCCCAAACCACCCUCCUUCCUUCUGCAGCUUAGUCAGUCUCCUGCUCCCCUUCCUCUUUCUGUUAACUUUUCUCCCAGGAUUCCAAGCAGAACAUCUGGCUGACUUUCAGCGGGAACUGAAUGCGGCUGUCAUCCGGGACAUGCGAUCCAACAAAGACGGUCUGACCCAAGUUGUUCUGGCAGUGGAGAUCUGCAACAAGCAAAGUGAGCACAAGACAGUUUGUGUGUAGGCACCCCCUUUGUCUGGAAAGAUGGUUGGGUUAGACCAGGGCUGCCCAAACUUGGGUCUUGGACUACAACUCCCAUCAUCUCUAGCUAGCAGGACCAAUGGUCAGAGAUGAUGGGAAUUGUAGUCCAAAAGCAACUGGAGACCCAAGUUUGGGGAACCCUGUGUUAGAUCCAGAUUUGGGAUGACUGCUGAGCAUUAACAUCACAGCAGCCUUGCUCUUUUAGCACCCAGAACAGUGUUGCCUUUUCAUGCUCAAUUCCUCAUGCUGUUUGUAGCGGUUGAGUCCGGCCUGAAUAGGCAAGAUUGUGUUGUAUGUAUAAUAGGAGCAAAAGAGUUCUAAAGUCGUUGACCGAUCCUAGUCCUUAUGCUUGUAAAUAGCUUUAUGAAACAUUACAACUGUAAUGUUUAUGAACUUCCAGCUUGGAGCGCCUGCGGUCUCCGCCAGAUGUGCAAGGUUGGAGGGAAGAAGUAAGAUGCAGAGCUGAAAGCUGUAGAUGUCAGGAACAGGAGGAGAUGGGGAUUUGUGAUAAGGUUUGAGGAGUCUGAAUUCCCCCAGGGCCUUAAGACUCUUCCCCUGUUCACUUAGACAUGUAUGGCUACCACGGGCAACAUCUUGCACCCUUCCUGAAAAUUACUAUGGCAUUGCCCCGGCUAAUUGCACCAGCCAAGAGGUUGCUGGAACAGGGACUACGCUGUGGGACGCUGGGAGUGCUCCACUAUCAAGCCUACGAAUCGAACAUUGACUUUGAAAUCAGGUAGGAAAGUCCAACUCCUCAGAAAGCUGGCACUUUUCACCCUGCUCUGUUCAACCAAUCAGAGCUAAACAGCUUCAGCAGAAUGCAGUUUCUAGCCCUCACGGUUGCUUGGGAAUGUGUGGCAUAUGCAGAGGCUCAGACUUCAUAGGCUUGAACACGCUCUACAUAGGGCUACCUUUGAAGGUGACCCGGAAACUACAACAAAUCCAGAAUGCAGCAGCUAGACUGGUGACUGGGAGUGGCUGCCAAGACCAUAUAACACCAGUCCUGAGAGAUCUUCAUUGGCUCCCAGUACGUUUCUGAGCACAAUUCAAAGUGUUGGUGCUGAACUUUAAAACCCUAAACGGCCUUGGCCCAGUAUACCUGAAGGAGCAUCUUCACCCUCAUCGCUCAGCUCCAAGGGCCUUUUGAUGGUUCCCUCACUGAGAGAAGUGAGGUUACGGGGAACCAGGCAGAGGGCCUUCUCAGUAGUGACGCUCACCCUGUGGAACGUCCUCCCACCAGCUGUUAAGGAAAUAAACAACUAUCUGACUUUUAGAAGACAUCUGAAGGCAGCCCUGUUUAGGGAAGUUUUUAAUGUUUGAUGUUUUAUUGUGUUUUUAAUAUUCUGUUGGGAGCCGCCCAGAGUGGCUGGGGAAACCCAUCCAGAUUGGGGGGGGUAGAAAUAAUAAAUUAUUAUUACUACUGUUAUUACUACUACUACUACUACUAUUAUUAUUAUUAUUAUUAUUAUUUAUUAUGUGAGAAGACUGGGUGAGUUUUUGGUCUUAACACACAUAUCCAGGUAUGUUUGCAGAGAUGCCGUUACUUCCCCAUCAGAAUCAAAUGACUGUGAUCCUGCAGUGUGGGACAUAGGUAGAAGUGAGUUACAAGCACACCUGGAUAGAGUCUUGAGUGUGAGGCGCCUGCUGAAACACCCUGUUUGCCUCUGUUCCCUUAACGCUCCCAUCUACUUUCCCUCCUCUCCUCUCCUGCAUUAUAUUUGAGGCAGAUGGGGGAAGGUGUGAUUUCUUUCCAAGUCUUUCUCUACCCAGCUCCCAUCAAACCCAAGAUUUCUCUCCCAACUUAGGUUCAUGGUGGACCGGGAUGUUGUUGGCUGCAACUGGAUUGAACUGCCUGCCGGAAAGUACCGCCUGCGACAAGAACAGCCUGCUGGGGAAUCCAGCAAGGAUAACCCACCCAAGGUGCUGGGGUUGGGGAGAGGGCAGGUUUCUGAAGGUGUAGAGUUGAGCAGGUGGAGAAAGGUGUGUUUGGGGAUGUCUGAGUUGGCAUAGCUUUUAGUUGGCUGGACCUGAGCAGAGUUUGGUGUUUUGUGCCUAGUGGGGGAUAUUUUCUUCUGGAAGAUAUAAGCACAGUGUGUGCAGUCAGGAUAGGAAAUCUUCAGAGCUGAAAACUACAUGUUAGCGGCUGUAGGAGGUAAAGGUAAAGGGACCCCUGACCAUUAGGUCCAGUUGUGACCGACUCAGGGGUUGCGGCGCUCAUCUCGCUUUAUUGGCCAAGGGAGCCGGCGUACAGCUUCCGGGUCAUGCGGCCACCAUGACUAAGCUGCUUCUGGCGAACCAGAGCAGCGCACGGAAAUGCCGUUUACCUUCCCGCCGGAGUGGUACCUAUUUAUCUACUUGCACUUUGAUGUGCUUUCAAACUGCUAGGUUGGCAGGAGCAGGGACCGAGCAACGGGAGCUCACCCCGUCACAGGGAUUCGAACUGCCGACCUUCUGAUCAGCAAGUCCUAGGCUCUGUGGUUUAACCCACAGCGCCAUCCGCGUCCCUCAGCGGCUGUAGGAAUUCCUCGUUAAUUCUUCCUUUUCCUCCUCCUCACCCCUAGGUGUCGCUGUGUCAACUGGAGGCUGAUAUCGCCUGGAUGGAUUUCGUGAGCCACCCGCCCGAGGGAGAGUGGCAGCGCAUUGCCCCCUUGCGUGUGCUCAGUUUCGACAUUGAAUGUGCUGGACGCAAAGGUAUUGAGGAAAGUUGGGGCAGAACAAGACACGAUGAGAAAGUUUUUAGGUCCUGGUAGGUGGGAGGCUAGUUAGCCAGGACUCUGCUGAGUAACUUCAUAAGUUUUAUAACAAAUGACAAGGUUUUACAAAUCUGAAACAUAUCUUGGUCUAAAUGGCCCUGUUCGGUAAGACAUACAUUCAACACUGAAAUGUCUCUUCCUGAGGUCAUUUUUGCAGGCAAUCUGUGUCAGCCCACAAGAAAUAGUGUAUUAUUAUGUAGUGGUUUGUGCAGUAGGCCUGACAAGCUGGGGAUUCUUAUUUUUCCUGGGCAGGCGGUUGUUCCUUAGAUUUCAGAGCAAACAAUAACUUACCUAAGUCUUACUGUAAUAUCAAGGGCAGGGUGUCUAGGCUUAGAGUUGGCAAAAGACAUCCUGGCAGUGUAUGAGCUCAGAAGAACUUGUGAGAUUAACUAUUGGUGUGGGCAGGUGUUAUAAGUGAAGGGGUUAAACCAUAAUAGUGGAUUCAUCAUUGCUACAAUCCAGAACAGAUAGCCACUUCUACAGUCCCUGAAUGGCAGUGGGGAGCUGUCAGUUUUUCCAUUGACGAUCCGAUUCUGCAUUUUGUUUCGUUUCCCUGUUCAGGUAUUUUCCCUGAACCGGAGAAGGACCCAGUGAUCCAGAUCGCCAAUAUGGUCCUCCGCCAGGGGGAGAAGGACCCUUUUGUGCGCAAUGUCUUCACCUUGCAGAGCUGUGCCCCUAUCGUGGGUUCCCAGGUGCUCUGCUUCCAAAAGGAGGCGGAGCUGCUCAAGGUAAUGGGGUGAUAUCGGGGCUAGAAAAUGCCCUGAGAAGUGUGUGGAGGAUCUGAGCAGCGGUGGAGGCCCCUGGGUGUUGCAGUGGAAUGCUGUGUAUGGAGGUGUACGUACUAAGCUAUCUGGCUUAGUCUGUGGGGAUGAUUGUUUGUUUUCAACGACAUGUACAGUGGUACCUCUGGUUGCGAAUGGUGUUGAUGGUGUUACAUGAUUUUAAACUUAUCCUGUGUAUCCUCAUGAAUUACAUACUGGAAGCUGCCUUCAGUGGGUUUCCUAUAAGUAUAUUAAACAUACUAUACUAUAAUAUAAUAUACUAUAAUAAUAAUUUUAGAAUUAAAGGGCUCUGUCCUCUCCCCAUAUAAAGCCCCUGGGAGGGAUCAUCAGGGGGGUGGGGCUGGGUGUUCACCAGUAUGCGGAUGAUACCCACCUCUACCUCUCUUUUCAAUCGGAACCAGUGAAGGUGGUGAAUGUCCUGUUCGAGUAUCUGGAGGGGGUUGGAGAAUGGAUGGCAGUUAACGGAUUGAGGUUGAAUCCUGACAAGACAGAAGUACUGUUUCUAGAGGGCAGGCAGGCGUGGGGGACUCCCUCGUCCUGAACGGGGUAACUCACAGCUGUCCAUGGAGGCACAGGUCAUUUCCUCUGCAAACAAGUGGCAAAGCUUGGAAGGGCCUCAUCCUGAGAUCCUGGAUUGCUGAAAGCCUCUGCCAGACAGAGGAAACAGUAGUGGGAUAGACAGACCCUAUUACACGUUCUGCGUACGACAGCUCCAUAUAGCCAAAUAUCACAACUUUCUUCCAGGCCUGGGCAGAAUUCAUACGGACAGUGGACCCGGACAUCAUCACUGGUUAUAACAUACAGAACUUUGACUUCCCGUACCUCAUCACCCGUGCGCAGACCCUCAAGGUGAGCCUAGCUUUCUCUGACCAAGUACAUGUUUUGCCUGCCACUGCAAGUGCAGUUCUGUGGCUAUUCCUGCAUUAAAACAGGCCACGCUUUGCUUUGUCUGACAGGUUCCAGGCCAGGAGUGUGGAAUCUUUUGAAACUGCGGAAACUGGCCACUGCCCCCACCCCAAAUGCGUGAACUGUCACACUCACAAAGGCUUAUCUGUACCUCUUUGUAGGUUUUCCCUUUAGAGGUCUGCGUACAUGAGAUGGUGUUUGCCCUCUGAACUUUUUACAAAUACAGUGGUGCCCCGCAAGACGAAUGCCUCGCAAGACGGAAAACCCGCUAGACGAAAGGGUUUUCCGUUUUUCGAUGCGCUUCGCAGGACGAAUUUCCCUAUGGGCUUGCUUCGCAAGACGAAAAUGUCUUGCGAGUCUUGAGAUUUUUUUCGCUCCCCCCCCCCUUUUUCUAAGCCGCUAAUAGCCUUUUAGCCGAUAAGCCGAUAAGCCUUUAAUAGCCGCUAAACCGCUAAUAGCGCUAAUCCGCUAAGCCGCUAAUAGGGUUGCUUCGCAAGACGAAAAAACCGCUAGACGAAGAGACUCGUGGAAUGGAUUAAUUUCGUCUUGCGAGGCACCACUGUACUUUGUACUUAAAACGGUUUUGAAAAUCUGAUUCCCAGGUAAUCAGGUGCACUUUCAAUGAAUCGAACCAGUUAACUGAUUAAACGAUGCAGCCUUACGUAUAAGCCUCCUGCCUUUAUCUUCCUGCCAUGGCUCACAGCUUCCUUUUCUGCAUCUCUUCCCAUCCCAGGUUACCACAUUUCCCUUUCUGGGCCGUAUCCCUGCACGUAAGUCCGUCAUCCGUGACUCUUCCUUCCAGUCCAAGCAGAUGGGCCGGCGAGAGAAUAAAGUCAUUAACAUGGAAGGCAGAAUCCAGUUUGAUCUGCUUCAGGUAAGCAAGGCUGAUAGACCUAUUUUGCAGAUGAAGUGCUGAAAGAUGGUGAGUGAGCAAAGAUGGUGAGUGAGCAAAGAUGGUGAGUGAGCAUUUUGCCCACUGGACCAUGUUCACUUCCCCAUCUUAGCCAUUUCUUCUCUUCCUCCCUCGCCAGGUUUUGCUGCGGGACUACAAAUUGCGCUCCUACACGCUGAAUGCUGUCAGCUAUCACUUUUUGCAAGAGCAGAAGGAAGACGUACAGCACUCUAUCAUCACAGAUUUGCAGGUGACAGUGAGCAGCCAGACCUUGUGGCCUAGAAGCUUUCCUCUGUAGAACAAACGUCUGGUGACUUUUAUUCUUGACUGUCCAUUUACAGUGGUACUUCAGGUUACAUACGCUUCAGGUUACAGACUCUGCUAACCCAGAAAUAGUACCUCGGGUUAAGAACUUUGCUUCAGGAUGAGAACAGAAAACGUGCUCCGGCGGUGCGGCAGCAGCAGGAGGUCUCAUUAGCUAAAGUGGUGCUUCAGGUUAAGAACAGUUUCAGGUUAAGAACGGACCUCCGGAACGAAUUAAGUAGUUAACCCGAGGUACCACUGUAUUUUUUCUUCUGAUGCCUGAAAUAUCCGGAGUGCUAGGUUUAGCCAAUUCAACACACUUAGCCUCCCAGAACGACCUUUUCUGGGGUUUCCUGGGCUCAAGGGCUGGCAUGAAGCUGUAUCUGUUUAGGGUCUUUACAAAGCCCUGUGUGACAGAAUUUGAGAACUGCUCCUUUACUGAGAUUCUUAUCAGUGCACAAGCUAGGUUCAUACUGGUUUUGUCUGAGGCAGGGUAAGUACUUAAGGUUUAGUGCCUGGUCUAUGGGAGACUCUUGGAAAAGCCAUUAUCUUCACAAUCAAUAAUUUAGAUUUUAGGGAAAUUUAACUUUUUAAAAAGGCGAUUUUUAAAACUCUCAUGGUUGUAGAAAUUCAUUUAAUUGUAUACACUGAUCAUCAGAAGGCCCCCUUGUUUAUGGAGUGGUGUUCCUGCAGCCAUCUGUUCUUUCCUGUGCUAUCUCCACUUAGAAAAAUUAUAACCUGACUUUCCAACCAAAAUGAACUUUUAAAACAUUUUUAAAAAUGUUUUUCCCCCAAAAGGAGCAAUAAGGGUGGUGGUGAAACUCUAAAUGUCAGCCAAUAAGAUCAAGUAAAACCAAAAGGCUUAUAAACUACAAGAAUGGGUUGUCCAAAAGGUAGGGUUUUUUAGCCCAGGAUUCUGAAUCCUGUGAUUCUUAACAAGCAGCUGGUUCAUAAUGUUGAGACCCGCCACCAAGAGUACUCUUUCUUGGUGGUCGUUAAUCUACUAGAUCAGUGUUUCCCAAACUUGAGUGGCCAGUUGUUCUUGGACUACAAUGAUGGGAGCUGUAGUCCUCCCCAAAAAGAUGGAGACCCAAGUUUGGGAAACACUGUAAUAGAUAAUGGAAUCGUCAACAGCCUGUCUGCUUAUAGCUCUUAAAGAGUGGGGGGAAGUAUGGAACAACUAAUAACUUUAUCCACCUCCUGUUCCCGUUUAUCCAAAAGUAUUUGCUUUUUUCUGAAUUUGAAAGCUCUUGCUCUCCAUAUCCCUCAAGCAAAUAACCUUUGUCUCUUCAGAGGAAGCUGCCAGUGGAUACCAUGUCAGCCCAUAGAUCCUUCUCACUCUGUGUUGUCAACUCUUGAGUGGUGGCAGCUCUGCAGAUUUCCCAGGGAGGUCUUUCUCAGCCCUACCUGGAGAUGUCUGAACCUGUUCUCUUGCACUGAACCUUCCCAUUGUUUCUGUUCAUCCAGAAGGAAAGGUCUCUUUCCUGCUUUUUCCAAAUCCAAAAGCCUUUUCUCUCCCCUAUCCUCUUGCAGAAUGGCUCGGACCAGUCCCGUCGGCGACUGGCUGUGUACUGCCUCAAGGAUGCCUACCUGCCCCUGCGGCUUUUGGAGAAGCUCAUGUGUGUCAUCAACUACAUGGAGAUGGCCAGAGUGACAGGUGUCCCUCUCAGCUAUCUCCUGGCGCGUGGCCAGCAAAUCAAGGUGGUCUCCCAGCUCCUGCGGCAGGUGAGAGUUCCUGGCUUUUUCUCUUGAGUUGGACGCAAGGGAAAGCUAUAUUCCAGAGUGAGUGGUACCAAGCAUUCAGUUUUGGAUUCGGGGCUGUUUUCCACGAGUUGCAAUUAUUAUUCAGGCUGCUAAGAUCAUAUAUAUAAGACCAAUUCUUCUUAUAUACAUUAGUAUCAUUUAAAAAAAAAUUAUUCAGAGAAGGGUACACAGAAAUCAUUUGAGUUUUGAAAGCUUUCCAUUAAUAAACAAUCACGUGGUUGUUCUAAAAUGCAAAGCACUUUGCAUUCCAAGGCAGCAGUCUUAUAUUCACUCACCUCUGAACAAGUCCCAUUGAACUUGGUGGGGCUUACUUUUGAGUAGACAUGGAUAAUAUUGCAGUGUAACUCUCAUUCUUCACAAAACCCAUGUUAGAUUGGCUCCUCUUUCCCUCCACCCAGACAUUUUACUAGGGCCUAGUCACCUAAUUCACGUUUGAGCAGUGAUUUUUAAUUCCCCAACUCUAACCCCUACAGCACACUGCUUUUUAAAUUAUGUUAACUUCUAAAGUGCUCUCUUUGUUGUUUCUGUUGAUAUAAUAAGAAGUGCAGGGAUUGGCAGGCAGCACAUGAGGCAAGUGGGACAGACCCACCUGCGCAUAACACUGUGGUUGAUGGGAGAGCGCCAAGGCAAAUCCCAAACUGACAACUUCUCUCUGCCCAAAGGCCAUGAAGCAGAAUCUGGUUAUGCCGGUGGUGAAGUCAGAAGGCGGGGAAGACUAUGCUGGGGCUACCGUCAUUGAACCUCUGAAAGGGUAAGGCCAGCAGGACCUGAAGCUGAGGAAAUCUGCUUCCCUAAGCCAGGGUCAAGAGUGAGGCUGGGGGUUUUUCACAGCCUGUUGUGAGUUGGUGCAGAAAAGCACUGGGGUGACAUCUUGGAGCAGGGAUAGAGGCCAGGAGGGGAGGAAGGAGCAGGGCUGAGGAUAAGGCAGCUGGAGCCCACGUUCUUCCACUUUGGGAGCAAUGGAGGAGAAAAGAUCUACAUUGGGUCCCAGUACAUUUUGUUGUUGUUUGGUCGUUUAGUCGUGUCCGACUCUUCGUGACCCCAUGGACCAGAGCACGCCAGGCACUUCUGUCUUCCACUGCCUCCCACAGUUUGGUCAGACUCAUGUUGGUAGCUUCGAGAACACUGUCCAACCAUCUCGUCCUUUGUCAUCCCCUUCUCCUUGUGCCCUCCAUCUUUCCCAACAUCAGGGUCUUUUCCAGGGAGUCUUCUCUUCUCAUGAGGUGGCCAAAGUAUUGGAGCCUCAUUUUCACGAUCUGUCCUUCCAGUGAGCACUCAGGGCUGAUUUCCUUCAGAAUGGAUACGUUUGAUCUUCUUGCAGUCCAUGGGACUCUCAAGAGUCUCCUCCAGCACCAUAAUUCAAAAGCAUCAAUUCUUCGGCGAUCAGCUUUCUUUAUGGUCCAGCUCUCACUUCCAUACAUCACUACUGGGAAAACCAUGGCUUUAACUAUACGGACCUUUGUUGGCAAAGUGAUGUCUCUGCUUUUUAAGAUGCUGUCUAGGUUUGCCAUCGCCUUUCUCCCAAGGAGCAGGCGUCUUUUAAUUUCGUGACUGCUGUCACCAUCUGCAGUGAUCAUGGAGCCCAAGAAAGUAAAAUCUCUCACUGCCUCCAUUUCUUCCCCUUCUAUUUGCCAGGAGGUGAUGGGACCAGUGGCCAUGAUCUUCGUUUUUUGAUGUUGAGCUUCAGACCAUAUUUUGCGCUCUCCUCUUUCACCCUCAUUAAAAGGUUCUUUAAUUCCUCCUCACUUUCUGCCAUCAAGGUUGUGUCAUCUGCAUAUCUGAGGUUGUUGAUAUUUCUUCCGGCGAUCUUGAUUCCGACUUGGGAUUCAUCCAGCCCAGCCUUUCGCAUGAUGAAUUCUGCAUAUAAGUUAAAUAAGCAGGGAGACAAUAUACAGCCUUGUCGUACUCCUUUCCCAAUUUUGAACCAAUCAGUUGUUCCAUACCCAGUUCUAACUGUAGCUUCUUGUCCCACAUAGAGAUUUCUCAGGAGAGAGAUGAGGUGAUCAGGCACUCCCAUUUCUUUAAGAACUUGCCAUAGUUUGCUGUGGUCGACACAGUCAAAGGCUUUUGCAUAGUCAAUGAAGCAGAAGUAGAUGUCUUUCUGGAACUCUCUAGCUUUCUCCAUAACCCAGCGAAUGUUUGCAAUUUGGUCUCUGGUUCCUCUGCCCCUUCGAAAUCCAGCUUGCACUUCUGGGAGUUCUCAGUCCACAUACUGCUUAAGCCUGCCUUGUAGAAUUUUGAGCAUAACCUUGCUAGCAUGUGAAAUGAGUGCAAUUGUGCGGUAGUUGGAGCAUUCUUUGGCACUUCCCUUCUUUGGGAUUGGGAUGUAGACUGAUCUUUUCCAGUCUUCUGGCCACUGCUGAGUUUUCCAAAUUUGCUGGCAUAUUGAGUGUAGCACCUUAACAGCAUCAUCUUUUAAAAUUUUAAAUAGUUCAGCUGGAAUAUCAUCACUUCCACUGGCCUUGUUAUUAGCAGUGCUUUCUAAGGCCCAUUUGACUUCACUCUCCAGGAUGUCUGGCUCAAAGUCAGCAACCACACUACCUGGGGUAUACGAGACAUCCAUUUCUUUCUGGUAUAGUUCCUCUGUGUAUUCUUGCCACCAGUACAUUUAGGAGCACAAUUUUAAGUGUUGGUGCUGACUUUUAACACCCUAAAUGGCUUCAUCCCUGUAUACCUGAAGGAACACCUCCACCCCCAUCGUUCAGCCCGGACACUGAGGUCCAGCUCCAAGGGCCUUUUGGUGGUUCCCUCACUGAGAGAAGUGAGGUUACAGGGAACCAGGCAGAGGACCUUCUCAGUAGUGGCACCCGCUUUGUAGAACGCCCUCCCACCAGAUGUCAAGGAAAUAAACAACCACCUGACUUUCAGAGGAUAUCUGAAGGCAGCCCUGUUUAGGGAAGUUUUAAAUGUUUGGUGCUUUACUGUGCCUUAACGUUUUAAUUUGCUGCAAGUCGCCCAGAGUGGCUGGGGCAAACCCAGUUAGGUGAGCGGGGUACAAAGAAUAAAUUAUUAUUGUAAGUUCUACCUUGGGAGAAGGAUUCUGAUGAGAAUGAGUCAUGGGGCUGGAAGUGGGAGAGAUGGAACCAAGGACUGGGGCCUAGGGUAAGGUGUACAGUUUAUCGGAGCCAGGAAAGGGCCAUGGCUCAUAGCUUGCAUGCAGAAGAAACCAGGCGCAAUCCCUGGCAUCUGCAGAUAGGGCUGGGAGAGACCCUUGGUUAAGGUCCUGGAGAGCCAAUGCCGGUCAGUUUAGGCAGUACUGAGCUUGAUGGACCAGUGACCCAAAUCAGUGUUACAAGGCAGCUUCCUGUGUUUCUGUGUACGAAGGUGGGGCGGAAGAUCAUAACAGACCCGCUGUUCUCUUCUAGCUAUUACGACGUGCCCAUAGCGACCUUGGACUUCUCCUCCCUGUACCCUUCCAUCAUGAUGGCUCACAACCUGUGCUAUACCACGCUGCUGCAACAGGGGGCGGUUGAUCGCUAUGGGUGAGUAGAAAAGGAUCUGAUACAAAGGACUGCAGAGUUAAUUGAAGGGAACAACAGCCUAAACUGCAGGGAGGAGUCAAGGAACCAGCUUUGCAGCCCUGGGGCGGUGGGGGAGUGCUCCUCCCUGGUGUCUCACAUGGUGGAUGCGGGUGGCGCUGUGGUCUAAGCCACUGAGCUCUUGGGCUUGCCGAUUGGAAGGUCGGCGGUUCAAAUCUCCCAUUGCUUUGUCCCAGCUCCUGCCAACCUAGCAGUUCGAAAGCAUGCCAGCGCAAGUAGAUAAAUAGGCACCACUGCAUUGGGAAGGUAAACGGCGUUUCCAUGUGUUCUGGUUUCUGUCACGGUGUCCCGUUGCGCCAGAAGCAGUUUAGUCAUGCUGGCCACAUGACCCAGAAAGCUGUCUGUGGGCAAACGCCGGCUCCCUCAGCCUGAAAGUUAGAUGAGUGAUACCACCCCAUAGUUGCCUUUGACUGGACAUAACUGUCCAGGGGUCGUUUACCUUUACUUUUUUUACAUGGGGGAUCCUAAGUAAGAUGGAAAAUCAAGGGGGGAUUAUUAGGUUGUCUUUGUUUUUGUUUUUAUUAUGUAAUUUGUGUUUUUUAUAUUGCGAUUUUAUGUUGUGAACCACUCUGAGAUAUGCGGGUAUAAUAAUUAAUUAAUUAAUUAAUUAAUUAAUUAAUUAUAGUGUGAGACCACUUUGGCUGUAUCACUGAUGUCCCAGCAGAAGGGGGAGAGCUAUUCUCUUUCCUGGCAUGGUCUUAUGGGAGAUAAAAUUAGGGGAGCAGGGAAUUGGGGCGAGUGACCAUGGAAGCUAUCCAAAUGGCAUAUAUUAGUGGACCCCAAUAAUAGUGGAGGGUAUAUAGCAGGGAGGGGCUGGAGACUGGGGUGGUGUUGUGCAUCAAAGGGGGUGGCUAGGCUCUGAUGGAUUGUCGGUUCUUCCUACUAGGCUUUCGGCAGAGCAGUUCAUCCGCACCCCGACUGGGGACCACUUUGUGAAGGAGUCCGUCCGCAAAGGGCUGCUGCCUGAGAUCUUGGAGAACCUCCUGGCUGCCCGCAAGAGGUGAAGUAGGAGGCACAUGUCUGGAGCGCUGGGGAAGUUUUCGGGUGUAAGAUAAUUGGAAGAAGGGAGGGUAGGCCCAUAACUUGGGUUUUGAGCACCUUCCUUGCACACAGAGUGUUCCUGGGUCAAUCCCCAGCACCUCCAGCUGAUAGCAGAACCAGGACCUUGGGCAGCUGUUGGCAGUCCUAGCAGACAAUACCUGACUUAGAGGGGCCGAUAAUCCAGCUCAUAGGAAGGCAUCUUCCUGUGCAAGACCAGGCAUCUGCAGAAGGAGUUCUGGUUUCCCUGACUUGGAAAUAAGGUUUAAGCAGCCUUGUAUUAAAGAACUCACCCGGUAGCCACAGGGGACAAGGAAUUGGAUGCAGGCAAGUGCAUGGAACUGUAUGUUGGUGAGUGAUCAGGCUGGUGGAGGAGGGACCAAGCAUUCUGUUGCCUGCCAUCUACCCAUGUGGGAGAUGCCAGAGGAAAGAAGGCCCUCUCCUCCUCACACAGCAUAGAAAUGCAAAAGGCUCCCAUUCUGGCAGAGGAGUGGAGCUCUCCUUGCUAGUGAUGUUUUGUUUCAGGCUAGUAGCUUUUGUAGGCUUAAUUGCAAGGGUGCUCUAAGGGAAGGAUGUCUGGGGUGCAUGGCAGGAGGGAGGGAGGAGAGAUACCUUACAUUCUUGGAACCCUGGAGGUAUUUAGAGAUCUGGUAUGGAAGUGAGUACAGCUUGGUUUUGCGGGUGGCAAGCGAAGUGCGUUUGUAGCAAAGGCAUACGUCAUCUAGAAUUUGGCAAUGGCACUUUAAUAAACUUGAGGCAGUGCUGGGGAUUGGGGAAGGAAGGUAGGAUAUAGCCCUAUUAUGAGGAAAAAAGCAAACCACUGGAAGAAGGGACAUCUUUUUAUUUUUGCAUCCUUCUCCAAUGAGAAUCUUUCAUGUUGGAUUUCUGUUGCUUUUGGGGAAGAGAGUUUUUAUUUUUCAUCGAAUUAUGAAUGCAAAAGCAAGUCAUACAACCUAUUGUUCUAAUAUGCUAUAAACAUUUCGGUUUUCAAACGCUGUAAACCCAGAAAUAAAUGCUUUGGUUUUUGAACAUGGCUCAGAGGUUGAACAUGCCAUAUGGCUUCUGUUUUGAGUUUUCUGUAUUGAGGCUUCCGUAUUCAGUUUUCCGUUUUCGAACAUUUUGGAACUCGAACGGUCUCCCAGAAUGGAUUACAUUCGAAAACUGAGAUACAUUUACAUUAUUUUAACGCAGGUGUGGCAGAUAUAAUACAGUAUCUUGUAAUUUUUUAAAAAAAGUUUUAUUAAAGAUAUUACAAUGAUGGAUAUAUAACAGUGGAAAUGUAUAUUUGAAAACUUUAAUGGAAACGGUAUCUUGUAUUUUUAACUUGUGAACUGCCCUGAGAUCUUUUAAUGAAGGGUGGUAUAUUCAUCGUCCUCACCAUCCAGAGGGCUUAGAAGGCUGCUAAAAAGAGUUUCACUUAACAGAUGUGCACAUUGGUGGCUGGUAGGGAGAGGCCAGUACAGAACUGUCGUGGUCAUUCUUCACUCCUUCUUUGUUCUGUCCCAUUUUUGGCUCAGGGCCAAGGGAGAGCUGAAGCGGGAGACUGACCCAUUCAAGCGCCAAGUGCUGGACGGACGGCAGCUGGCGCUCAAGGUCAGCGCCAACUCUGUGUACGGCUUCACUGGCGCCCAGGUGGGCAAACUGCCUUGCCUUGAGAUCUCUCAGGUAAGUCUGCCCGCCCCCUUCAAACUCAGGGGAGUUGUCAGGUUAUGGUUUUAUAGUACAAUGCACAAGCGUCAACGAAAGACGGGGAAAACACCUAUUACAGAUUCCCUGUUUACCAGAUCGGCCGGUUGCAUAUCAGCCGCGGGGCAGAUCAGUCGGUUAUUAAGUUAUCCCUCAUUUGCUAUCGCGAGCUGACUGGACUGAAUUGUUGUGCUGAUCUUCGUGGUCUGCUUAUAAUUUAUGAAGCAAACUUUCUGACCCUUUGAAAACGAAACAAGGUUCUGCAGUUAAUGGGUGGCGAGUUCGGGGAAGUCAAAAGGAAGUACUGCUCGCAAAAAGCCCAAUUUAAACUUCAUGGAAUCCACCGCUACAAAGAGGCAUUGCUUGCCAGUCGCUUAGAUUAGUUUUUGGAAAGAUUAGAUAAACCCAGGCAGGGCAGAGAGCUGCUAUCUACAGGCUAGCUAUAAACUGUGACAGAUAAAUGGAAGCAACAUAUCCUAGAUCUCGUGAGUGCCCAGAUACUGGGAACAAACAGCAGGGUAAGCCCACUGCCCAUUCGUUACCUGUUGGUCGCAGCUCAGAGGUAUCCGGUUGGCUGCUUUUGGAAGCGAAAUACUGAAUUUCAUGGAUUUUCGCUUUCCUAGUUUUAUUUCUGUAGGGUAGGUUAGUCAGCAGGGAAAUGUUUGGGUGUAAUGGGUACAGCAUCUCCAACAAUGCCGUGUCUAAACUAGGCCUGAUCCAGCCCACAAAGUAUUUUCUGGUGACUUACCCACUUCCGAUCCAAUCUGCAGCAUCUGGGGCAAAUGGCGUGCGUCUUCUUGCAGAUUAGGGUGCCCUCGAGCACUCUGGAGACAGGAAGGGAUGUUCGGAUCUGCUUCUGUGGUUCUUGGGAGCACUGCUUCCUGUUUCUGAAGCAAUGCAACUUGGUAGCAUCCGUGAGCCUCAGGAAAACCCUACAGCUAGCAAAGUAUGGCUGGGGUUUCAGGUUAAGCUUUUAAGGAAGCUUUUAAGCAAAAGUCUCCUUCAGCCCUUUUGUCUGUCCUCUGAAAUACAUCGUUUUAACCCUUCUUUUCCAGAGCGUGACUGGGUUUGGGCGUCAGAUGAUUGAGAAGACAAAGCAGCUGGUGGAAUCCAAGUACACAAUCGCCAACGGUUACAGUUCUGACGCCAAGGUUGGAGGGGGAAUGCAGGAUGAUGUGUCUCUUUUUUGGGUGGAGCAGAUUGGGGAAAGCCCUAGAAGGACAUCUACGGCAGUGUUAAAGAUGACCAGUACUAAAGCUGUCUGACCUCAGUUUGGGAGCCUUGUUCUGGCACCUCACACACUGUCUUUGGCAGCAUUUAUCUUUUUAAAUAUAAUUUUUAUUGACUUUUACAUUUUUAUCAUAAUAACAUCAUAACAAAAAAUGCAGUUCCCAGGCUUCCCUCUCCCCCACGACUUCCCUCAACUUCCUCUUCUAGUUUUUUAUAUAAUAACUUCUCCUGCUUUCUUUAUUAUAUCUUGAUAUUAUAUUCUUUAAAUUCAAUAAUUUUAUACUGUUGUCAUUUUACCAUCAACUUUAGACUUCCUGUAUUUGUUUUGUUAAUUGUAAGUGUUUGCUCACAUCCUGCUAGUGAGUCCAUUUCUUUACAUUGUUUCUGUAGGUACAACAUAAAGGGUUCCCAGUCUUUUUUAAAGUCUCUAUUGUCCUUGUCUCUAAGUCUUUCAGUUAGCUUUGCCAUUUCAGCGUAUUCCACCAAUUUUUCUUGCCAUUCUUUAGUUGGUAAUUUGUCGCUUUUCCAUCUUUGGGCUAGCAAUAUCCUAGCCAAGGUUGUAGCAUACAUAAAAAGUUUCUUCUUUUCUUUUGGCAAAUCUUGACCUGAAAUGCCUAGCAAAAAAGCUUCUGGUCUUUUAACAAAGGUUGUCUCAAACAUUCUUUUCAUUUCAUUAUAAAUCAUUACCCAAUAAUUUUUAAUUAUUUUACAAUUCCACCGCAUAUGGAAAAAACGUACCUUCUUUUUCUUUACAUUUCCAACGCUUAUUGAAGCUUGUUCUGUACAUUUUUGCAGGAGUCGAUGCAUCAUUUUCAUAUAAUUCUCUUUUAACAAUACAGUUGUACCUCUACUUACGUAUCCCUCUGGAUAUGGAAUCUUUGGGUUAUGGCCACGGCAACCCCGGAAGUGUAUACUUCUGGGUUUUGCCGCAUGCGCAGAAGCGUGCCUCUAUUUAUGUAAUUUUCGGGGUGCAAAUGGACCCCCAGAGCUAAUUAAGUUCAUAUCCGGAGGCUCCUCUGUAUACAAUCAGUAAAUUUUAAAUUGACUUUCCGUAUUUUUCCCCAGUCUUCCAUUUGGAUAUUGUGUCAUUUUUUAAGUCUGUUUGGCAGCAUUUAUCAUGUUCGCAAUGGCCGUUGGUAAGGGAGGAGUGGCAGCAGGGAGGCCACAGGACAGUCAGAAGGGAAAGAGAUCUCGUGGCUGGGAAAGUGGCACAGACAGGGAAACGGGGCAGGGGACGAGCCAGACAGAAGCUGCAAGAGGAAGAGAAAGUGACACACUGUGGCUUGUGGUGGAGGCAGCUGGCAUAGCUGUCCUGCGGCUGAGAAGCUGUGAGACGCAGAGAGAUGGGUUAGCAGUUUCCAGAGUUUAAUUGUGGCCUUCUACCCUAACAGGUAGUAUACGGGGACACAGACUCCGUCAUGUGCCGCUUGGGUGUGCCGUCAGUCGCCGAGGCCAUGGAGAUAGGCAGGGACGCAGCUGCCUGGGUCUCCAGCCAUUUCAUUCCCCCCAUCAAGCUAGAGUUUGAGAAGGUGAGUCUCAGAAAAGCCUCUCCAUCUCCCAUCGCCACCCACUGGGUUCAUAACUUUGGAAACCCUCGGCCAUAAGAUUCCCAUAUAACGCUAGGAAGUGCCUUGACGUAAGAGGUAGAAAACAGAGAUGACGUUUGGAGUGGAUGGGCAGGGAGGAAGGAGAUGGGAAAUGAAGACCAAGGGCACAUACCUUUACACUGGUACAUGUCAAGGAAGUUUGUUAACACUGAUAGCAUCUUCCCUGUGAUUAAAGGUAAAGGGACCCCUGACCAUUAGGUCCAGUCGUGGCCAACUCUGGGGUUGCGGUGCUCAUCUCGCUUUAUUGGCCGAGGGAGCCGGCGUACAGCUUCCGGGUCAUGUGGCCAGCAUGACUAAGCCGCUUCUGGCGAACCAGAGCAGCGCACGGAAAUGCCGUUUACCUUCCCGCCGGAGCGGUACCUAUUUAUCUACUUGCACUCUGAGGUGCUUUUGAACUGCUAGGUUGGCAGGAGCAGGGACCAAGCAACGGGAGCUCACCCCGUCGUGGGGAUUCGAACCGCCAACCUUCUGAUCAGCAAGUCCUAGGCUCUGUGGUUUAACCCACAGCGCCACCUGCGUCCCUCCCUGUGAUUGUGAGGGCCUAAACUAGGCGUGAUGUCUGCUGCGAAAUUAGAAUCAUAGAGUUGGGAGAGAAAAAACCCAAGAGUUAUCUAGCCCAACUUCCUGCAGUGCAGGAAUCUCAGCUAAAGCAUCCAUGACGGAUUAACACACCUAUCUUCCGUUAGUGUACCCAAAUUAAUGCACCCAUCUUCCGUUAAUGUAAAUAAGCAGCCGAGGGGAAGCCUAAGCACCCUCAAGACCACAUGGAAUGGGCAAAGGGUGUGUGAGCUUAAUGGGGAAAACUGAGUGCUUCAAAAAUGCUAUUUUAAUUUCAAAGCAAGCCUCCCGUGGCACCCAAACCCUGUGCAGUUACUGAGCAGGUACUUGAAACAUCCACUGUUUCAGCUGAAAAAGCAAUCAUAAUUUGAAAAAGAAAGUCUGUUCAUCCUAGAAUCAUAAAAUCGCAGAAUUGUAGAGUUGGAAGAGACCACAGGGGUCAUCUAGUCCAACCCCCACAAGGCAGGAAUAUUUCACUCAGUGUGGGGCUCGAACCCACAACCCUGAGAUUUAAAAGUCUCAUUCUCUAAUGAAUUAGCUGUUCCAGAUGUUGCCCAACAAGAACCUUCUGAAAUAAGUUUCAACUUUAGUUCCUGAAGGCUCCUAUGUGAUAACACAGACCUUUACUGUUUUCUCAAUCUGUCCACACACCAGGUGUACUUCCCCUAUCUCCUGAUCAACAAGAAACGCUAUGCUGGCCUCUAUUUCUCUUCCAACCCUGACACCCACGACAAGAUGGACUGUAAGGGCAUCGAGACCGUGCGCCGCGACAACUGCCCCCUAGUGGCAAACCUCAUCAACACCUGCCUACAGAAGCUGCUCAUAGAUAGGUCUGUAGGUGUUUGUUUGAGACGAAGCCCCGUUCUGGUCUGCCGAGCGGUUGUGGGCAUGAUCCGAGGCUGAACAAUAUUUAUCUCAAAUUCCUGGGUGCUGGGACAAAACUCUUAGAAACGGGCUCCUACGAAUGGCAAACCCGACUAUAGCACCCCAGCUUUCUGUAGCCUCCCUGAAGAGUCAGAACCUUGAUUCAUUCUGGGAUGGUUCUCUUCUGCGGGAAAGAGAGGAGGGGCUCAGAUUAUUCCACGCUUCCUUCUCUGCAGGGACCCUACAGGUGCCGUGGCCCAUGCCAAGGAGGUGAUCUCCGACCUGCUUUGCAACAGAGUCGACAUCUCACAGCUGGUGAUCACCAAGGAACUGACACGUACAGCAGAUGAAUACGCAGGUCGCCAGGCUCAUGUGGAGCUGGCUGAGCGGUGAGUAGAGUAAAGGAAGAGGUGGCACUUUCCCCCACCUUUUCUUUUGGGUUGGGGGCAGGGGGAAAGAAAUGCAUCACUUCCCAAGCGAGCAAAGGGGGUGGCCCUGACCCCAAGACACCCCACAUAUUUAGACCGAACAUGAAACUCCCUUUAUGUUAGGUCUGACCAUCAUAUAUUUAACUGGCAGCAUCUCUCUCAAGGUUCUGCACUUAGGCAGAACCAGAUGCACAAAUAUGAGAUGUGGGGACGCUUACUAGUAGUACAGUGGCACCUUGGUUCUCAAACACCUUGGUACACAAACAGUUUGGAACCCAAACACUGCAAACCUGGAAGUAAGUGUUCCGGUUUGCGAAUGUCUUUCGGAAGCCGAACGUGCUCCGUUUUGAAUGUUAUGCUUCCGAUUUGAGUGCCACUCUUCUGUUUUGAGUGUUACACUGAGGUUGCUCUGUUUUUGCUACUUCUUUUGCUUUUUUGUGGCUUUUUGGUUUGUUUUCAUGACUGUGUGGAACCCAGUUUGGCUACUGAUAGAUAGAUAGAUAGAUAGAUAGAUAGUGUGUCUUUCAUUUUAUGGAUCAAUGGUCUCAUUAGAUAGUAAAAUCCAUGUUAAAUUGCUGUGUUAGGGGUUGUUUUGAAAAGUCUGGAAUGGAUUCAUCCAUUUUGCCUUACUUUCUAUGAGGAAACAUGCCUUGGUUUUAGAAUGCUUUGAUUUUGGAACGGACUUCUGGAACGGAUUAAGUUUGAGAACCAAGGUACCACUGUACAUGUAAAAGGGAUCAAGGGGGUCUUAGUAGAUCACAAGCUUAACAUGAGUCAACAGUGUGAUGCAGCAGCAAAUAAAAGCUGAUGCUAUUCCUGCAUCAACAGAACUAUAGUUACCUGAUCAAGGGAAGUAAUACUACCACUCUAUUCUGCCUUGGUCAGACCACACCUAGAAUACUGUGUCCAAUUCUGGGCACCAUAAUUUAAGAAGGAUGUUGCUAAACGGGAACGUGUGCAGAGGAGGGCAACCAAGAUGAUCAAGGGUCUGGAAACUAAGCUUUAUGAGGAGUGGUUGAAGGAGCUGGGUAUGUUUAGCCUGUGAUAAAGGAGACAUGAUAGCCAUCUUCAAAUAUUUGAAGGGCUGUCGUAUGGAAGAUGGAACAAGCUUGUUUUUUCCUGCUCUGGACGAUAGGACCUGAACCAAUGGCUUCAAGUUACAAGAAAGGAGAUUCCAGCUAUAUAUCAGGAAGAACUUUCUGACAGUAAGGGCUGUCUGACAGUGGAACGGUCUCCCUUGGGAUGCUGUGGACUCUCCUCCCUUGGAGGUUUUAAAGCAGAGGUUGGAUGGUGGCCACCUGUCAUGGAUGCUUUAGCUGAGAUUCCUGCAUUACAGGGGGUUGGACUAGAUGACCCUUGGGGUCCCUUCCAACUACACAAUUCUAUGAUUCUAGGUUUUCAAGCAGAGUCUUUUCCAGCCCUGCCACCUGAGAUCCUCAUAACUGGAGACCCAUAGGAGCCAAUUCCUAGGACCUCAGGGGUCAUUGCCCUCCCCCCCCCCAAUAAAAUAUUUGAGGGGGGCUGGGCUUCCCCAAAAUUGACAGGCAUUGCCAUUUAAAUGACAUGUGUGCACUGCAUCAUGUGAUGGCUUAUGUGGGGUGGGGCGUACCUGCCCCCUGCCCAAUAUUUUACAGUGGUACCUCGGGUUACAGACACUUCAGGUUGCAGACGCUUCAGGUUACAGACUCUGCUAACCCAGAAAUAGUACCUCGGGUUAAGAACUUUGCUUCAGGAUGAGAACAGAAAUCGCAUGGUGGCAGCAGGAGGCCCCAUUAGCUAAAGUGGUACCUCAGGUUAAGAACAGUUUCAAGUUAAGAACGGACCUCCAGAACGAAUUAAGUUCUUAACCCGAGGUACCACUGGAUUCAAGUUGGCACCCCCACUUAGACCUUUCAAAGGUCGUGUUGAGUAGCAGUUUGCCGAAACUGCAGGAGCGGAGAGUGCCCUCAUGCGGGUUUCCCAUGAGGGCAUGUGGUUGGCCCCUGUGAGAACAGAAUUCUGGCCUAGAUGGGCUACAGGCUUGAUCCCACAGGCUCUCCUUGUGUCCUUAUGUUCUACGGCCGCUCUGUGGUCCCCUUUCUUGAGUUCUGAGAGCAAGAGGGUAUUAUGGGAGCCAGUGUGGUGUAGUGGUUAAGAGCGGUAGACUCGUAAUCUGGGGAACCGGGUUCGCGUCUCCGCUCCUCCACAUGCAGCUGCUGGGUGACCUUGGGCUGGUCACACUUCUCUGAAGUCUCUCAGCCCCACUCACCUCACAGAGUGUUUGUUGUGGGGGAGGAAGGGAAAGGAGAAUGUUAGCCGCUUUGAGACUCCUUCGGGUAGUGAUAAAGCGGGAUAUCAAAUCCAAACUCCUCCUCCUCCUCUUCUUCUUCUUUCUCUCCUCUUCCCCCUCCUCCCUCCCCUUUGACUUUCUUUACCCUGAGUUAUUGAGGCCCGUCUGCCCUCAGGACAGCGGAAAAAGGUGUGUGGGUGUGGGGCGGCUGGUGAGGCAUGACCGAAGGGAAGGGCAGAAAUAGUUAUGGCCAGCGCAGCUGCAAGUGGAACCUUCUGCGACGCCCACCCCUCCUGCUCUGGGCUUCCUGUCUGACUGCCGCCACUUCAUCUGCCUCGCACAGGCACACGUUCCGGUGCGACAGACCUGCUCCUUUUGCUUCGCUGCCUCUUGACAAACAAAAGUUUGGGUGGUGAAAGUGUCCCCGGUGUCCUUUGCGGGACAGGGCUGGUACCAGUUUGCCCUCGUGCUUCGUUCUGUACUGUCAUCUUUUUCAAGAUGUUUCUCAGCGGUGCCUCCGCUGUUGGAAAAUAUGUUAAUAGCGUUAUUAUUGCACCUGGGGUCGCAUGUUGGGCUUUUCGGCAUCUCACGUUUUAACUUCUUCCAGCUCCUUUUGAGGGACUCGUCCUGUUUUGUAUGCGUCUAUUUUCAGUAAAGUCAGCUUUUAUUAAAUCUCAAAAAACGUCCAGUAAUCACACCAGAAUGCUAAAUAUGUACACAUUAUAAAUACCUUUAAUAUACAUAGAUUCAUGUUUUGCCACGUAGAAAAGCUGUUAUAUUUGUCAACACUUACAUUUAUUCUUCAUAAAUGCUGUUGGAGGAUUCAAUAGAUAAUUAAAAUUUUCUCUCUUUUUAGUUUAGUUUAUUUGUAAAAAUGCAUAGACCGCUAUUUCAUAAAAAUAUGUCAGAGCAUCAGUGCAGUUCACAACAAAAAUACAUGAAACCAUAUAAAAAGUUGUAGACAGUGGUACCUCGGGUUACAGACGCUUCAGGUUACAGACUCUGCUAACCCAGAAAUAGUACCUCGGGUUAAGAACUUUGCUUCAGGAUGAGAACAGAAAUUGCGUGGCGGCAGCAGCGGGAGGCCCCAUUAGCUAAAGUGGUGCUUCAGGUUAAGAACAGUUUCAGGUUAAGAACGGACCUCUGGAACGAAUUAAGUUCUUAACCCGAGGUACCACUGUAUAAUCUCUCACUCCAAUCAGUUCUGUGUGUUUAUUCAUCUUUGCUACCUUCCAGAUUUUUGCCAGCUAUUCUUUUGGUGUUUGAGGUGGCCCAGUUUUCAAUUUUUGUGCAUCAAGCAUAAAACAAACAAAGUUACUGCUUUUAAAGUCAUGCUGCUCUCACGCACAUGCACCCCCAGAUCCCUUCUGGCUCUGAAAACAUUCCUCAGUCCCACUCUGCAGUGCCUCCUUCUGCUUUAUACAUCCUUGGGGGUUGGUUCGAUCCUGGCGCGCCACCUUCCAGUCUGGCUCAUCAUGUGACACCUCCUCAUGGCUUCUCCCCUUAGGAUGCGUCGGCGGGAUCCUGGCAGCGCUCCCAACCUGGGGGACCGGGUUCCGUACGUCAUUAUCGGCGCUGCCAAAGGCGUAGCAGCUUACAUGAAAUCUGAAGUGAGUAAUGGGGAGAGGGAUGCAAUGGGCAAUAGGGACCAGUAACUCGGGCGGGGGGGAAGGAUUCAGGCUUGUACAUGUAUGCUUCUUCAGGUGCAAAGCUGCAUUGAAAUGUGCCCCGCUAGCACUGCAAAAUACUUGCCGGGGGGCAGAGAUGGCUAUUCACCAUUAGGCUUCAAGGAGGAAGAGGUUUUUGGAAGCAGGAACUCAAAGUGGGGCUCAGGAAGCCGUAGCUCAGUGAUAAGAGCACCUGCUUUUCAGGCCUGCAAGGAGCCAGGUUCAAUCCCAGCUUCUCCAGAUUGGGCUAGGAAACCCCGCAGAGCUGCUGCCAAUCACUGUAGGCAAUACUUAACUGGAUGGACCAGUGGCCUGACUGUACAAGGCAGCUUCCGGCGUUCCUAAGCCAUUUCUGAUGUGAGUUUUGGAGCCCCUCUUCCCCACCAGUUUUCACUAGGUUGGCUUUAAUGCUUCCGCUGGAUCUUGUUUGGGGUUAGUUAAUCUGUGGGUGGGUGGGUGGGGGGGCGCAUAACUAGGUCUGUUUCUACCACUUUCGUAUCCUCUCUUCCUCCCUGCUGAACCAGGAAAGGAAGGACAAAACCUCUAGCACUGAUUGAAUCAAACUGACUGCUGCUACCAUGAACUUCCCAUGUUAUGGCCUGUGCAUAGACACCCCCAUACAUACUGCCUACCUUCAGGUUUCCAGGGUGAUUAGGUAACAAGACUGCAGAGGCAGAGAGGACUGUGCCCUGGGUGCUAAGGUGCACUCCUAACCCAACACCCACCUCUUCCCUGCUUUUAUGGCUUUCCCCUGUUUGUAUCCCCAGGAUCCCAUCUACGUGCUGGAGAAUAACCUGCCCAUCGACACGCAGUACUACCUGGAGCAGCAGCUUGCCAAGCCCCUCUUGCGCAUCUUCGAGCCCAUCUUGGGAGAGGGCAAGGCGCAGAACGUCUUGCUGAGUGAGUGUGGCCGCUGGCUCUGCUUUCUGGAGAAGAGAGAGGAAGAGACCCCGUGAUCCUGCAAAAAGGCUACAGACCCCAUAAUCAUUCUCAUCCUAAAUUGGAUAUAAUUUUGGUGGCAUCCAUAACCAAACCCCUGUCGCUGUGUAUCUGCGUCUGGUCCACCCUCUUUGCGCUUGGUGAACUCCAAAGCAGUGUCUCACCGCCGCAGGGAAGUGAUCUCAAUAGGCAGCCCUACAGGCCUUCUCAGGAGGCUUGUUUAUUUACUUCUUCUGUUAUGUUUUUUACUCCACCAGGAACGUAUCCUUCUCAAGCAGGAAUUCCCAAACGUGGGUCUCCAGCUGUUUUUGGACUACAAUUCCCAUCAUCCCUCACUACUGGUCCUGCUAGCUAGGGAUGAUGGGAGUUGUAGUCCAAAAACAGCUGGAGACCCAAGUGUGGGAAACGCUGUUCUAGAGAAACAAGAGUCUCCAAUGCUUGGCCCUGAUCCCCACCCCCAUGGAUGAAUUGGUAGGAAAUAGCAGUGUGGGCCAUCUUUCGGAAAGAGACUCUUACCCCAGACUCUUUCUUCAUCUGUUUUGGCGGAAGCUAUAUGUUUUCCGCCACCCAGUCCUGCUCCCCCUUCUGCUGCUUUCGUGCUCCCUCACGUAGUCACAGAAAAGGGGAUAAAACUGUAGGUAAAACCUCCUACGACAGCAAGAGCUGUUUGACAGUGGAACGGUCUCCCUCGGGAGGUUGUGGACUCUCCUUCCUUGGAGGUUUUUAAGCAGAGGUUGGGUGGCCAUCUGUCAUGGAUGCUGUAGCUGAGAUUCUUUCAUUGCUGGGGGUUGGGCUAGAUGACCCCUGGGUACAAUUAUAUGAGUAUGCAGGCACAGGUAGCUUAUUCUAUGGGAGGUGCUAACCAGGGAAAUCUGGGUACCAAUCCCUUUCCAUGGACAGUAAUGGUGAGCAGUCCAGGGCGAGAGACAGCUGGAAUACGGAUCUUUACCCUCUCCUCCCCACUGUUGUAAUGUAUUGGAGGUGGCAUACGUGCUUGACCCUUAAUUUCCUUCCCUUUGCAGAGGGGGAACACACUCGCUGCAAAACAGUCCUGACAGCCAAAGUCGGAGGGCUCAUGGCGUUUGCUACUAAACGGAGCACCUGCAUCGGUUGCCGGGCUGUGCUCAGCCACCAUGGUGAGAUCCUGUCCCCGCCUGUCUUUCCUGGCCUCCGCUUUGCAGAGUCUUAUGUCAAAAACAAGUCCCCUCCCCUCCCCCAUCACGCGCUUCUAACCAGCAGCGCAUGUUGCAAGUUCCUUUUGCCGGAAUUUGCCACAGAGUGGAGCGUGUGUCACAAAACGGUGCCUCUGCUGAGCUUUCGUUACCAGCAGGAAAACCUUGCUGUACACACACAGACACACACACACACACACACACACACACACACACACACCCUGACCUCUGGGCACCUCUGCUUACUUCCCUGUUCUCCCUCUUUCUCAAGUUUGCAGGAAGGGGGGGGCUACUUGCAAGUUGCGGGAGAGGAUCUGAAACCAAGUUUCUUGGUUUGUUUGAAGAUACGUGGCGCUGUUAAAGGGGGUGGGCUCUGCCAGGAUGCCUGAAUACCCUGGGAUGGGAGUAAUUUCUCGUGGGCGGUUUGGAGAACGGCUGGGAGCAGAGGCCCUUCUCGGUAGUGGCACCCUCCCUGUGGAACGCCCUCCCACCAGAUGUCAAAGAAAUAAACAACUGUCUGACUUUUAGAAGACAUCUGAAGGCAGCCCUUUUAGGGAAGUUUUUAAUGUUUGAUGUUUAAUUGUGUUUUUAAUAUUCUGUAGGGGGCCGCCCAGAGUGGCUGGGAAAACACAGCCAGAUGGGCGGGGCAUAAAUAAAUAAAUUAUUAUUAUUAUUAUUUAUUUAUUCCUGGGUUCUUUCUGGUCACUUACCGGAGAUUUCCCAAAAGUCUUACAUGCACUAGAGAAAAAGACAGAAGUUUUUUGCGACAAGAGCCCUCUCUGACUGCAAACUUGAUCGUGUUGCACUAGAAAGCAGGUGCCUAGCAGCAAGGAGAUGGCAGAAUGAGUAACUUUAGAUCAGUCCGACACAGCGAAAAUUCCUCCCCGGACCCAAAGGCAGAGGAGGCCAGUCAGGUCCUGGGCAUGAGCAAAAAUUCAUUCCACCUCAUCGUCUCAGCAGGAGUGUAAACAGGCUGCCUUGCCAUUUCAUCCUGAUUGUGGCUUUCCUUUGGAAUGGGGCAGCGGGGAAGGAACUCCAAAGUGGAAAUGGAAUAGGGAGGGAAAUGGCUUUCUGAUGUGCUUUCCUCCAUCAGGUGCUGUGUGCAAGUUUUGCCUGGGCCGCCAGUCUGAGCUUUACCAGAAGGAGGUAAGUGGUAGAGCCCACUGGUUUGGGUGGGUGUGAUGGCCUGGGGCUCGGGCUUGGACCCAGCGGAGUCUCAGUCCGCACUGGAUCCUUUGCCUCAGGCGGCAUCUGAACCAAGUCUGGGGCCUGAUUCUGAAGAGCCCUACUCUGCACAGGUUCCCCUGCAACAAGCACCAGCUGGGCCGAGUCAGGGGUCUGAGCCUGCCCUGGCUCCAGAUGCGGGGAUUACCUUGUUGCCUUCAGCUGGGCCAUCACUUACAGCUGCUCCACUACCAGUUGGGUCAGGAGAGGCUGAGGCAGCCUCUGGGUCUAGUAACCCAACUGACAUCUCCUGAGCUGCAGAGACUAAGGUCUGAGAGAAGGAGAGACCUGAGUACUUGCAGGAGGAGUGCUCGCCUUCGGGUGAGACAGGGAGGUGAGUCACCAGGGGAUCAGGACCGGCCAUUACCCCGACAAAGAGGCUGUCGUACCCCACCCCAGGUUGCGGGAGCAACAUUGCUGUUUGCUAGAACCUGCCUGAGACCCUGUGCCUGACCUUGCCUGGUUUCCUGCCGCGUGUCCUGCCCUGGCCCUGUCAGACUGACUCCUUGCGGAACCCUUGGAUUCGGGACCGGACCUGGACCGCGUCGCUCAGGUUACCCCCAGGCCCAGCACAAGGGACUCCACCAGCAAAAACCUAGGAGGAGCCUAGGUGGCCUGCAUACUGGACUGAGGCACAAGCCUCUGAAUUAAACUUGUACCUUGGAAAAUCCUCCCUUCACUGGGAGAGGAAUGGAGCUGCAAACAAGCCACUGGGAAUUUUAAGUAGAUAGGAAAUGGGGUUUCCUGGUGUAGUAGCCCGUGGACUGACCUGGGAAAUCUCCUGUUUGAAACUCACUUUGCCAUGAACUCACUGGGUGGCCUUAAGUCUACCUUGCAACAAAUGAUGCUGAACUACUUGUAGACAUUGUGAGGAUCCGCAACCGCAGUCUGCAUGGGUUUUGAAAAGGCCAAGGAACAAUUGGGUCCAAGUGCCUUGGUCCUGCCACCCGCCUCUUCUCCCUCUCCCCACAGGUAACCCAUUUGAGCUCUCUGGAGGAGAAGUUCUCGCGCUUGUGGACGCAGUGCCAGCGGUGCCAAGGGAGCCUGCACGAGGAUGUGCUGUGUACCAGGUGAGGGGCUGGCCGCUCACCACACCUUUGCUGAGCAGCCACCAGCUCUUGCCCGUUCCCACGGGAUAAUGGGCUAAAAUAUGACUUUACGCCACCCCUGGGUGUUUACAGCUGCUUAUCAGGCUGGUUUGAGAACAGCAAACAGAUGGCUCCCGCAGAGAGCUAGCGGGGUGCUGGUACUCCUGAAGAUGUUUAUUACCUUUAUAAAUAUAACACCUGUCAGAUGCUGGCAGCGGCCAGGGGUGUGGAGAGAGAGAGAGAGAUAGAGCCUUCUGCUCUGGCACAUGAGAUAUCAGCUGGGGUUGCUUGGAUAUACCAGUGGGACAUACUUGUGUGUAAAACAACAGCCACCACGGUCUGGUGUGGUCAGGUAGCAAGUCUUGAGGUUGGCAGAGUGGGCUGCACUAUAUUCUUCUACCGUUUCUGAAUGUUCCAUUUAAACUCCCCAAACACAAAUUCCUUGCAAAUAGAUGACAAGCCCAGCGUUUUCUCCCUGCCGCACUAGUUUCCUUGCAGAGUAUUUCUAGAGAGGAACACUUCAAAACAAAAUCACUCCCACCCCUGAACAAAUUUUUCUCCCAACUCCUUUCAGCCGCGACUGCCCCAUCUUUUACAUGAGGAAGAAAGUGCAGAAGGACCUUGAUGACCAGGAAGUGCUGAUCUCACGCUUUGGCCCUCCCACGUGGUGAUACCUCUUUGCCUUCCGUUCAUCCGAUUGAAACCCACCACCACCCAUUAUUCCCUUUUAAAGGCGCAGCAAGGCCCGGUUAUGCUGCAGGGGGAAGUAUUGCUCCCUCCCCUUGCCCAGUUCUGCUCUGGGCAUCGCUUCUGUCGCCAGGAUCAGUGGCCAAUACCAUCAGGAAAGCUCCCUGGAGAUGAUUGUGGGGGCUACGUUUUGUAUGAAUUUCUACCAAUAAAGAUUUCUUUUUUUCUACA